AUGCUAGACCUUGAUGCCUCGCUCACGCCACUCCGUUUCCCUGACGGUUCGGCAUCGUACACAUCCCCCACCGGAGACCAGAUACUGGGGUCUGUAAAUGGCCCUAUUGAAUCUGGCCGCCGCGACCAAAGGCCAGAGGAAGCAACAAUAGAAAUACUCGUUAAGCCAGGCGUAGGUGUUAGCGGGGUUGGCGAGAGAUAUGUCGAAGGCAUCUUGCGUGGUGUCCUGAGUCGCGUUAUAUUAUUGCGGGAAAAGUCCAUGCCUAGGGCAGGAAUCGUAAUCACUCUGGUGGUUUUGAAAAAUAAGUGGGCUGACGGGAAAGUUACGGAACGGGGUGGAUCGUGUCUUCCGAUUUUACCUUCGUUGCUUCAUACGGCUCUUCUUGCAUUGCUCUCUGCUACAAUCCCACUCUCUAUGAUAUACACUUCUGUAUUGAUCGCAGUAUCUCGGACGGGCGAGUUGGUAGACAAUCCCUCAAAUUACCACAUCAAAAUUGCGAAGUCAUUACAUGUCCUAUCAUUUUCGUCUAAGGGACAUCUACUAUUUAAUGAAAGUGAGGGUGAAUUUGACCUGGAUACCUGGGACAAAGUUCAUGAACUAGCCCAAUCUGUCUGUAUUGGAGGCUCAGGUAGAAUAAUGGGAGACGGUGAUGUUGAUAUGGAUGGUGCAAAAGCCUGCCAAACCCUUGAACAAUUUGUGAGAGAUACGGUGGAAGAAAAGAUCCGAGAAGACCUCGCGUGGAAAAUUUCAACUUCAUGA